UUCCAAUGCGACCCUCCCAAAUGAAAAUAUGGAUCUUCUUUCCUCGACUCUGUCUAUGGCGAACGACGAACGACGGACGAGCUUGUGGCGACUGCCCUUUCUCAACUUAUAACUUAUCAGCCUUUCAGUCGACUGGGUUCGCAUAAAGGCUAGCUUCCAACGUGCGCAUUGGUUGGCAAUUCGACGACCUCUCGUGAUUGGUGGAACAACGGCGCUGCGGGGAUGGUCUUGGGAACGGGCUGGAUCCAAAGUACGACACUGUCCAUCCUUGUUCUUCCUCGCGUUUCACGUAUGCAUCGCGUACGUGUGUAUGUACUGCAUGCACGAGUCAACACAGCUGCUGUUGCUGUGGUAGUGGGAUGGAUUGCUGAACUGGAAACAUUGACAGUCUAGUCCGAGAUCCCCGUUUUUCCAGGCCAAUAGCCUUUUUGUGCACGUCAGUGAGUUCCUCCAUGUACAAUACACAAAAUAUUAUUUCUACCUGAAAGAACUUGCACCACAAUGCAGCACCCAUCAGCUUGGAUCAAUCCCGCACACUUGGACGAUCAGGGAAACAAAGGCCACUCGGGUGUGAAUCAAUUGGGUGGGGUAUUUGUGUCCGGUCGGCCUUUGCCGGAUUCUACCCGUCAGAAAAUUGUUGAGCUCGCCCAUUCUGGAGCCAGACCUUGCGAUAUCUCUCGAAUUCUUCAAGUCUCCAAUGGAUGCGUUUCCAAAAUAUUGGGCAGAUAUUAUGAAACUGGUUCGAUACGUCCAAAAGCCAUCGGAGGGUCCAAACCGAGGGUAGCUACGCUCAGCGUUGUGGAUCAAAUCCGACAUUACAAGAAUGAAUGUCCCUCCAUUUUUGCUUGGGAAAUCCGUGACAAACUUCUUCAGGAUAAAGUGUGUCCCCCUGAUUCCGUUCCGAGUGUUUCCUCGAUCAAUCGUGUACUAAGAAACGUAUCAGGACGAGUGGAACCUGGGUUGUGUUCAUGGAUAUCCAAUGAGGAGCUCAGUGAGCAUGGUCCAGACCAUCCAUGGAGUACGGACUCGUCGGGCGAUCCCUAUCACAACAGCCAUGCCCAAUACAUUGGAAAUGAUGGGGGUUCCACGGUUCCUCAUCAAGCGACACCAGGGUUUAUCCAGAUGAAGCGAAAAUUUCAGAGGAAUCGAACAUCUUUCGCUAGUGAACAAGUGGAUAUUCUUGAACGAGAAUUUGAGAAGUCCCAUUACCCCGAUCUGUAUCUUCGCGAGAGGUUGGCUACUCUAAUUUCGGUUCCCGAGACUCGAGUUCAGGUUUGGUUCUCCAACCGAAGAGCCAAAUGGCGCCGGCAAGAGAAGAUCCGACAAAACCAUCGCACCAAAGAGCCCAAAAAAUUGGUUUCGCAACAAGACUACCACAGAGAAAUGGGAUCCAGAUGUAGAGAGCGAAACGGCAUCGAUCUCUCUUCUAAAAGGUUGACUCAUCUACAAACCAUUUCCGUGGAUGGUUGGGAUCUUCUCAAUCAGAGUUCAUGAAUGGAAUUUGAACCAUGCUUUUUAAGACAUUAAAUCGACUUUCAUACAAGCUUGUUACCUAUAUUUUUUUCUUCAAAAUACAAAAGUGUACCAAUCAUCAUGA